CUUGAAGCGUGAAUCUCACCAUCCAUCUCCGUACAAGCCGUGUAGACAAGAGACCGGCGUGCGGGCUACGACCCGCACAUCAUCGUCAAGUAUUCGAAGCGCAAAGACAGCUUCACGUGCGGAAGAGAAAGGCUGCGAAGAUGUUCAAAAUAAGCGUGCGGAGUGGCUCUGCUUCCGCUUCAAGACGGAAGGGGACUCAAGAGGUCAAAGCAAUCAAAGACGAAUGCACACGCAGCGUCACUCCGGCGCGACCGCUUCGCAGGUCGUUUCAGACUCAUCCGCAAGCGCCAGUAGAAGGCAGAUACGACCCUUACAAUGCUCUCGUGCACCUUGCACCCCGGACUCACCACGCUGCUCGAGCUGAGUCCUUAAAGGGCGAGUCUGGCGCGCUGCAAGGAUGGUCAGUGUCGGUCAAGGACAACAUCGCCACGACGGACAUGCCUACCAGUUGCUCCAGUCAAAUGCUGCACGGCUACACAUCCCCUUUUGAUGCGACCGCUGUCUGUUUGCUCAGACAAGCAGGCGCACAGCUCAUAGGCAAGACGAACUGCGACGAGUUCGGGAUGGGAUCACACAAUUUGCACACCGUGUAUGGCCCAGUGCUGAAUCCCGCCAGUCCGGACGAAUACACGAUGGGAAAUAAGAGCGAAGGGAGACAAAGACAUAGGGCCUAUCACCAGCCACGUGUUGCGGGUGGCUCGUCCGGCGGGGCAGCUGCCAGUGUCCGAGCAGGGCUAGCUCGAAUAGCUCUGGCUUCAGACACGGGAGGAUCGAUACGCAUACCUGCUUCGCACUGCGGCGUGUGGGGACUCAAGCCUUCGUAUGGACUGAUCAGCAGAUGGGGUCUGGUCUCCUACGCCGACAGCUUGGAUACGCUCGGCUUGCUUGGUCGAGCGCCUCACGAUCUUCAAUUAGCUUUUGAGGUCUUGAACGUGCGCGACGAGAAGGAUCCAUCUGCAGUUCCUGAUCAAGCGCGAAAGGCGGCCCGCGAAGCCGCACAGGCCCGCAUCGCAUCGUUCCCAAAAGGCUCGCUUGAAGGUCUGCGGAUAGGCAUACCUGUCGAGUAUUUUCCUUCCGAGCUAGAACCUCAGAUCAUACCUCCCCUUCAUGGCGUGCUCAGCAACCUCAAACAACGAGGCGCAGUGCUGAAAAGCAUCAGUCUGAACUGCGUCAAGCCGGCUUUGGGAGCUUACUAUGUCGUUGCGAGCGCGGAGGCUAGCAGCAACCUGGCAAGGUAUGAUGGAGUCAGAUACGGUCAUCAAUCGACGGACAAAUCGGGCAUCUCUGAAGGCCAAGUCCAUCCAUAUGCGCACACGCGCUCAGAAGCGUUCGGCGAAGAAGUCAAGCGACGCAUCUUGCUAGGCACGCACGCCCUGACAUCUUCCGCUUUCGACAACUAUUUUCUCCAAGCGCAAAGAGUCAGAUUGCUAGUGCAGCGGGGAUUUGAAAAUGCUUUCAGAGACGUCAAUGUGCUGCUUGCUGCUGCAUCGUCGGAAGAAUCGCGCAAGCAGACCAGACCGAUGCAGAGGAGCGCAGGAGAAGGAGGAGAAGAAGGGGUCGAUCUGAUAGUGGGACCCGCGACUACUUCUACAGCACCCACACUCGCUUCGGUGCUACAUCCAUCUGCGCAAAAGUCGACGGCUAGCAGAACCAGCGCGUACGUACAAGAUGUUCUUACCGUGCCUGCUUCCUUGGCAGGCUUGCCCUCGCUCUGCGCUCCGGCUGGAGUGGCGCAAGACGGUUGGCCCGUUGGCAUCUGCCUUACGGCCCAGUGGGGCCACGAAGAGACGAUCUGGAGAGUUGCAAAGGAGAUCGAAAUGGGUUAAAAGACGCCAGCUAGCCAAUACAUGCUCGCCUUUACAGCACGCUGUUUGGUCCUUUUCGCCUUGCGUCAACGUCAACUUCAACACUGUCAGGUCCACACGAAAUUCGAGAUCGAACAGCACCGCUUGCACGGUCUGGCUCACAAUCACCAAACGCUGAGCCCCGCAGAGGGCGCAUCACAUGCAUUCGAGUCUGUCUCGAAAUACGACUGGUCUUUGGAUUGAAAUGAUUGAAAAUUGACG